GGCCUGCUGUAGGCAAAAUGACCGAGGAGACCUCCCAAGAGUGCGCGGAGCCUGCGCAGCCCCAGGUCGCGGCGCCCCCGGAGAAGACCUGCGACUUCUACCGCGUGGGCAAGGACCUGCCGGCCAGGUUCAACAACCCGGGGUGGUUCCGGGGCUACAGGACCAAGAAGACUGCCUCGUUUUACAGGACCAGUAACCAAGCUUACGGGAGCAGAGCUCCCACUGUGCAUGAGAUGCCGAAAGUAUUUUAUCCAACUUCAAAUAAAUUUUCCAGACAACGUGCAGCCACUGGAAUGUUCCAGAACAACACUGUCAACGUGUACAUGGAGAAGAGCCUUGUGACUGGCCCCGACAACUACAUUACCUCCUUCGACCCGCUCAACUUCCACCCCAGUUACAAUGUCAACAGGCCGUCCAUCUGCGAUUGAGGGGGGCUGAAAGCCCUCUCCAGGGGCUUCUGACGCCAGUGGCAGCCAUUUGGAGAAUUGUCUCUGAUGCCUGACAAUUCAUGUGACUGUGAAGGAACAGACUUUGCUGCUGUCCUUGAAAAUAUUUUCUGCCCUGGAAUAGAAA